CUUUAUUUUCAGUUUAGUCGUCGAAGUGUUCGGUCGGGGCCAUCGGUCGUGCGGUUGAUGAAGCUUUUUUUCAAAAUAAAAAGUGAUCCAAUUUUCGAUAUUGUUGCUGCACAACGGCAAUUUAAUAAUGUGUAUGCGCAUAUGAAUAUGAAUACCGCGAAAAACAACAACAGAGACCGAGUGUAUAAGAAUUCUGAAUUUUUAGCUUUUGAAAUACUCCCACACAACGAAAUUGGAUGAAAAAGAAAACUGCUUCAGAAACAAAACAAAUCAAAUCAAAUGAAAUAAACUCGAGGAAUUUUGAUAUUUUCAUGACUUGUCAAAUUGUGCUUCUAACGCUUUUUAUGAACCCAACGAAUACUAUUGAACAAACCCCUCGAGAACCCCUCCCUUCACCUGUAGAACCUAAAAAGGUACUGUUAAAUACUUGUUACACAUUCGAUAAAUCGUAAAAAUUGACACACUUGGAAUACAAGAAGCUCAUCUUUAUGGACCUGCUUGUUGCAUGGAUGGUAGUGGCAUCGAUUUAGAGAACUGACUUUUGAUUUAUUCAUAUCGACUUAAAUGAUCACGAUGGCUAGGAUUAAUUGAAAUUGAAGAUGAUAUUGUUAAAAUUGUUGACCGAUUGACCAACAUACACGAAUUAUAACAAGCUGCCAUGUGAGAAAGGUGGCAUUCAUAUUAAUUAGGCAUCGCCCCCAGUUAAUAACUUAUUUAAAUAAUAAACAUAUCCAUCGAGCGACUAAGACUGUGAAGCAAGCGAGAGAGAUUGAGGCGCAAAGGAACAAAGCGGAGAGUAACAUAAACAUCACCAUGGAGUCUGAGUCCACGGAACAGAAUGUUGUGCUACGCGGCAACGAAGAUUUGAUGUCAACAUCAAAUACGUCAACAAAUGACGGUACCUGCAACCCGAAUGGAUGUACCAAAAAAACGUGCAUAACAUCGCCCGAUCCCACAGCGUAUGUGACAAAGGCGCGUGUAACGCGUCCCACGCCACCGCCACCAUCCAAGAAUCCAAUGCAAUUUGUCCAGAUCAAACCAUGCAAUUUAUAUCAGACGGCGCAGGAGCAGUUAAAAAAGGCCGAGGAAGUUAAAAAGCUGAAGGAGGUGAAGAAAGAGGAGCCCGAGGAAUGGCAGAACAACCUUGAUAAUUGGAAAUCAUCACGACGAAAACGUGUCGAACAUAUUAUAGAUCGUGUUGUGGAAACAAAAAAGCUGGAACUGGAGGAACAUGAUCGUACGAGACGAAAAUCGAAGACAUUUACUGAAAUGAUGGAGGAGCGGGCUGAGCGUAGCGGCUCACGUGGGCGUGUCAAAUUGGCAUCUCUUGCCGUAUAUAACGAUGACGAAACGAAUGAUUUAAGUGAUUUGGGUAUCGGCACUAGCAGCGCCAGCGGUAAAAGCAGCUUAUCGGAGGACUAUGAGAACAAUAGUGUUAUGAGUGAUAACGUCGAGUUGGACAAAGCCAUUGGCACAGCAGCUGCUACUAAUAUUCAGGAGCAACAGAAUCACAUCAACAGGAACCAGGUUGACGUUAACGUUAUCAGCCAGGCGAGUACAUCGAACACCAGCAAACUGCUGGCAGUCAGCGAAGCAACAGGAGUAGCAGCAGCUUCAAGGGAAUACACACCGAUGAACACAAAUCCGCCCAGUACUGCCGAUCCCUGUGAGUACACCUAUGAAGGCGCCAUACAAGAUUACAAACAGCGCGUUCAGCGGGCCAGCAGCAACGGCAGAAUUAGUAACAACAAUGCAGUAUCCGAAACUGGAGAAACCAUUGGCUAUCCCACACGACGUGGCAGCAAGAUCGAGGAUCGGUUGAGUGGUUUUGAGGUAACGUCUCCCAGCGACACACAGGAGGGUGUCGAGAAGCAAAAAGUGGAUGUGCCAAGGGUGGACAUAUCGAAACGCAAAGAGAUCUUCGAGCAGCGCGACCCUGAGCCAAAGGUCACGAAACCCAAUGGCGGGGCUCCCAAGCAAAAGCUAAUACUGCGGGACCGUUUGACCAAUGGUAAUGGUGCCGCAGUUGAACCCACGGCAAAGCAGGAGAUUAAACGUCUGUCUGGCGACAUAUGCAGCAUUCGUGAUCGCAUGCAGAGCCUAGAACAGCAGCGCAAUGAGUUUAACUCCAGUAAGAGCGUGGAUGUAGCUGUGCCCCCGUUGAAGCAGCGCCUUAACAGUCUACAGCAGCAUGUCGUUACCAAAGAGGAAGAGCAGCUACAGCAGAAGAAACCACCACUCGUAGCGCUCAUCGAUGCCAGGCAGCUGGAAAUAAUGCGUGGCGAAGAGCAACGGAUGCGACAACAGGAACAAAAGGAACAGCAGAAGUUGACAACGCCGCCAGCACUGAUUGUGGAAGAGGCAGCGCACGAUGACAGUGGAAUUCAGGUGGACAAUAACGAAGAACUGCUUAAGGAGCAGCAACAACAGCAGCAAUUAAAUGAGGCGAUAGCUGCUCUUGCACUCGAGGAGCGUCAGCUGGAGGAGGCAGCAAAUGCAGUCAAUCAAAUUGAAGCAGAAUUUGAUGAACUUACUGAUAUGCAGCCAAUAGCAUUGCCUGCUGCCAAUGCGACAGCAACAACUACUGUUACCUCAUCAGCGCCCUCGACGGAGACAUCCUCAACAAUAACAGCAGCUACUCAGCCAGAGGCUCGGGACAUGGAAUUUAGUAUCAACGAAGCUCUUGAUUUGGCGCUGGAAGCUAUUGACAGGGAAGCCAAUAGUGCGCCGGAGAAAAUUGAGGAUCAGGAAGAAAAUAAUGGUGAAAGCAAAUUGAAAUUGGAGAGAUUAGAGGAUGAACAUAAGGAAGAGACGAAAGUAGGUACGAUGGAGAUGAACGCAGAAUUGGAGGAGAUGAAUACCGCAAUGCCAAAUAAAACGGAUGAGCAGAAAACGGUGGAGGAGGUAGUGAAACAGGAUAUUGAGGGAUUAGAACAGCAAGAACAACAUAUGGAAAUCAAUAGAAAUGAGCCCAUUUAUGAAAACAUUAAGUCUACCAUAUCUAUGCAACAAGUAGAUAUUGAACAGACAGCGAACGCGAUGAUAAUAAGACGUAACGACAUAAGAAACAUUCCAAAUAAUAGCAACAAUAACAAUAAUAACGAGCAUAAUCAAACUAACAAUAACAAAAGCAGCAAUAAUAAUAGCAGCAACUGCCAAAUCGAAUCAAAUUCAAAGACAACAGCUGCUGACUUAGAACCCUAUUACCAGGUGCCGAAAGCAACUGAACCUUACUACGAUGCACCUAAACAUCUCCGCCCAAUACCCGUCUACGAGAACAUUGACAUCUUCUAUACGGGUCUGGAGCUGGGCCAUUGUGUUACGAGCUUGGUACCGGCUUUGGAGCCCCCCAAGGAGAAACCGCCGCCACCGCCUACAGAAGAGCCGCUCUCAGAAGAUAUAAAUAAAGUCAGCCUGAAUGCACACGAUGAUGAGUUGGAUACCGGCACUUGGUCAUCGGACAAUACGUACGAAACCAUAUCGAGUAGGUCACGACACCAGCUGCAGGGUCAGACAGGCCUAAGCAUGCCCACGUCGCCGCCCAUCAAGCGCAUGAACUCGACAAAGCGGAUCAAGAAGGAGCUGCGCAACAAGCGUUCCAGUUUUCUAGGCAUCGAGACCGACGCCGGGCUCGAUGAUGUGGACAGCUAUCUUCAGCUCACGGUUGCGACGCCACCGGACAUGUCACAGCUGCUGCAAGAGGAGCGGCGGCUCGAGAAGCAACUGUAUAUCAAGGCAGGUCUGUGUGACAGUUCGGAUACAGGUGAAAGUCGAGACUCGGGUGUCUCAGAGAAUCAUUCGCGUCAAAGCAGCGAACACUAUACGAACUCCUCAGAGGAGAACGAUACCCAGUCGGAGGCCACGCCACCGCCGACCGAGGAGCUGGCGCCGUCGCAGCUGGUUGGCGAAGUUCUCUACCAGAACAAGUCGUUGCUGGCCGCACAGACUCCGUUGCUGCAAACGGUCAAAGGCACCUCAGCUGAGUCGUGGACGGAAUCGGCUACGGCGGCAGCGGCCGCAACACAAUCGCUGAGUGAGGCAACCGCAACUGCCAAUGCAAAGAUGUUGUCUAUUGAAGAGAAGAUCCGAGAGCAAGGUGAAGUACUGCGUGUAGAGCAGGAGCUACUGCUGUUCUCGAAGGAGGAGCUUAAAAGACAGCGUGAAAACUUGCUGCUGCGCGAAAAUCUGGCACGUCGUGAACUGCAGCAUGGAGCUAAGAUGUUGAUGUCGAACAAUCGACGCUCGCUACAGGAUCUGCAUCAUGGCUUGGGCAUUGGCAAUGGCAUGCUAAGCGCCUUUCAACCACCACAGCAGUCAACACAACAGAUAUAUGCAAAUGUGCCACAGCAACAGCAGCAACAGCAGCAGCGAUCAUUGCCACUGGCACCAUACCACUACCAGCAGCUGGACAUGGACUACCGCAAGUCCAUGUCAGAUCUGAAUGAGUUCUCCAAGCGCCUAAUGCUGCCACCAACGCCGCCAAUAAAGCCACUGCGCGCCAUGCACCUCAGCGGCAAUGGUCACAGCCAGGAGCCGGACUACGCCGUCAGCGCCCGACAGCGCAGUACCUACGGCGGGUCUUUGGUCAAAAUUGCGCCAACAGCAACAACAACAGCACCUGGUGCGCCCGCUCCGCGUUAUCAAGCCAACCCAGCCACUUAUCAUCAUCAGUCGGUGCAGAAUCUGAGCAACAUGUCGCGCAACACUCUGCUGGCAUUGAGUGCUACCCCCAAGCCGAAGUACACCGAUGGUUGGGUGCAGGUACAACAGAAGCAACAGCAACAGCAACGUAAUCUAAUCAAUGAUGGCUCCUGGCUGCAGAAGCACAAAUCCACUCCGGAUUACAACGGGGCGCUCUAUAACAGUGGCCAUGCCAAUCACUGGCUGCUCCAAGAGGCCGAGCAUCGCCGCCAGUUUGAGCAACAGCAGCAGCAGCAGCAGCAGCUGCAGCUGAACAGGCGCUCCAUGCCCGUACCCUCAGCCAAUGAUAAGCCGCUGCCUGAUUCCGUCAUACAGACCCUCACGGAACGUGUCCAGAGCAAAGGCAUCGGGGAACGUAAGCGCUUCGAUAGUAAUGCUACCUACAGUCAACUGAGUACCAAUGGCCUUGGGUUCAAACCACUCAGCAGCAACAGCAGCAACAACAACAACAAUAAUAAUAUUAAUAUAAACAACAGCAGCAGCAACAACAGCAAUCAAGAGAAGAUGCUCAGCGUCAGUGGCAAGAAGAAGUGUUCACAUUGUGGCGACGAAUUAGGUCGCGGAGCUGCCAUGAUAAUUGAAUCCUUGCUGCUGUUCUAUCACAUCAACUGCUUCAAGUGCUGCGUAUGCCAUGUGCAAUUGGGCGAUGGACUAAACGGAACCGAUGUUCGUGUGCGAAACCACAAGCUCCACUGCCAAAACUGUUAUUCCAGCGAUGAUGGCAUCAAGUUCAGCUGUGUCUGAGGAUGUCUGGAGGGGUCAAUAGGUGGAUGAUUGUGUGCAACUUUCGGUUUUUGUUGUUUUCUAGUAGUACAUAUAUAAAUAUUUAAGCAUUACCCAUACAUAGAUGCAUACAGCACAUAAAGUAUAUGUUAAAUGUUAAAGCUGAAGUCAAUUUAUAUAACAUAUACAUAUAUAUGAGGAUGAAAUAUUUUUCCGCUAAUGUUAAUCAACGAAUGUGAAAUCUGGUUCAAAUUUCAAAAUUGCAUGUUGUUGAUUAAGAUCUGACCUUUUUAUAUAUUAUAUAUUCAUCAAUUUGCAAAGACAUAUGCAAGCCCGCUCUGAUGUUUUUUGCAAAAUCAAAGUCAAAUUUCAGUGUAUCUAUAAAAUGUAAAAUAUGUAUGUUGAAACUUGUAAGACGAUCAAUUUCUAUGGAUGUUGUUACAUUUUAUUACCUUUUGAAUAUCGUACAUUUGCGUACAUGCUUAAAUACGUAUUUAUGUUUCGUUUAGAAACUAAUAAAGUAUAAAGUAUAAAAAAAUAUACAAAUAAACCGUUUAUUUUGUAAGAAAAUAUUCUGAAUUUUUAAUUAGCAGAAGAGUUCAUUUGUUUAAACGAAUUUUUUUUUAAAUUUUUCUUGACGACUUGCUUUUAGAUGUUCAGAGAUCUAAAUAUGUAUAUAAUGAAAGCAUCACGAAGUACCCAAGGUACCUUAAAUGAUGUAAUACACACACCUAUCUACAUUAAUAAAUUUGAUUAUAUCUGCAGAAAUAAAGCGAUAUAAAUUCUAA